AUGGGAGAAGACGAAAAGGUUGCAGAGUAUGUGUCGAAGGUGCAGAAACUCGUCCAUCUCAUAAAGGGUUAUAGUGAAAGCCUAACUGAUAAGAUGAUAGUUGAGAAGGUAAUGCGUGCGUUUACCUCUCACUUUGAUCACGUUAUCGUAGCUAUUCAAAAAUCCAAUCAAAUUGAAACCCUAAAAUUGGAAGAUUUGGUUAGUUCGUUGGAGGUGCAAGAGAUUAGGAUUGUCGAAUCCAAGAUCUGGUUCCUCGAUUCAGGCUGCUCGAAUCACAUGAUUGGACAAAAGGUGUGGUUGAGAUAUUUCAACGAAUCAAAGAUGAGCAAGGUAAAACUUGUUGAUAAUAGUUCAUUGCAAGCAGAAAGUACUGGCAACAUAGUUUUUUACAUGAGUAAUGGAGGGAAACUUAUGAUCAAAGAUGUGCUCUAUGUACCUGGUAUGAAAUGCAACUUGCUAAGUGUUGGAAAAUUGGUCGAAAAAGGUUUCUCAGUGUUUAGGAAAGAUUGA